CAACAACACUUUCUGCUUCCACAUGGAGAUGGAGAUGAAAGGACAGUUAUUUCAAACACUGGAAAUUAUGUAAAAAUACGCUGAGAAAACGAAGCAAAGUAAUCGAAUAAAACAUCCAAGCUGCAUUUUUAUAAUACUUUUACCAAUAAUAGUGUAGUCGAGUCAAAAAGUUGAUUGAAAUCAUGGGAAGGCGGAGGUCAAAAAGGAAGGCACCACCGAAGAAAAAACUCGUUGGCACGUUGGAAACGCAGUUUAACUGUCCAUUUUGCAACCACGAAAAAUCUUGCGAUGUAAAGAUGGACAGACCUAGAAACAUCGGAAGCAUAUCAUGCAGAGUUUGUGCUGAAGAUUACCAAACUUCAAUAACAUAUCUUUCAGAACCAGUGGAUGUUUACAGUGACUGGAUUGAUGCUUGCGAAACAGCUAACCAAUAGCAGAUAUUGAUGAAGAUAACCACAGCCAAAAAGACAAGUUUCUUAUCAAGUAGAUUUUAUUAUGUGACAAUAAACAGUGGGCCUUCUAUACAGAUAUAUAUAUAUAUAUAUCUAUAUGAUUUUAUGAUCCACGUUUAAGGAACAUGCCCUGAAGGCUGCGGAAACAAAAAGUAAAUUGUUAAAUAGAUAAAAGGAAAUAGUUAAGCUUUUUCUCCCUUAGGUUUAUCAGUGCUGGGGUAUUAGACUGUCUUUCAUUUCAAGUGUUUUUCUUUUGGGAUUAGAAACCCUGGUAUUUUAUUGUAUCAAACUGAAUAUUUCAUGUGGCUUUUCUUCAAAUCUACAAUUUCAUUAGCAGGGGCAAGGCAGAAGAAAAUUGUUGGUGUACAGCUCCCCAAAUUUUCUGACAAUAUGGAGUCUCUAAGGUGUGACUAUUCAUAAUACUGAAUUUUGGCCAAACUGCUUUCUGUGAAUUCUUGAGCGAUUUGAAAUUCACAUUUAAUUUUGUGAGCAGGAAUAGAGUACAUAAAAUUGAUGAAUGUUCAAAGUUUGUCAAGACAUUGGAGCAAUUAAUAAUAAAAUUAGAAUCUAGAAAUUUGCAUUUGCCAACAAACUCAAGAAUGGAAAGUUGUUGUGUGUGGUGCCUGCUACCACUUGUUUGGCCACCCAACCCCCCCUGUUUGUUUGUAUCUUCAUUAAGUGCAAAAACUCUUCUUCUUUUGAAAUAUAUUCUAUACAGAACGUAAAAAACCAUUAACUUGGUAUCCUUCAUGUAGUCCUAAACCUUAAUUUCUGUGUCAUUUGAAAAGUCUGUUCAGGAUAUUUAUUUAUCUUUGAUAAAUGUUGAUAUAUGAAUCAUGGAUACCCUCUUUUUGUA